UUCCCCGGUGUGCAAGACAGUCCCUGGCAGCCACCUGUUGUGUCUGUCCAUCACCCACUCUCUGCACCCUCCGUCUACCGUCACAGACAUGCGGGUGGUGCAGGGCUGUGUGCUGAUAACUGUAUUAUUCGUGCCCGCCCUCAACCUCGUCUCGGCCGCCCACUCCACGCCCCUCGACGCCCCCUUGGACUGGCGACGCCCUUACUCCCCACGCCCACUGCACGAGGAUGGCGUCGUCGAGUACUCCGAAAGGCGCGCUGAGCAUUUCUCGCUGGGCAGUGCCAAGCAGUAUCCUUUAAAGGGCAGCGGGUACUUUGUGAGUGCCACAGACUUCCCGAGUGUCGCGAGGGAGAGGCACUCACUCUCUUCGGCACUCGGCACUCAACACUUCGCUUCCUCGCCGUUUUCACGGGGCUUCCUCGAUCCUCCGAGACGGUUCGCCAGCCUAGGUGUCACUGGGGAUCCAGAUGACGGUUCCAAAGCCGAGCUCUGCUGGGGAUUCCCCUUCAUGUGCCUCGCUUCUUCAGAACAGAUCGCGCUCCUCCUUUCGCCCGCAGGAGGGGAGUCACGAGGGCGCCGGACCCAAGCAACGCGCCCACGGCAAGGAGACCGCCCACGACCUGCUAAGCGCUACCUUGGAAUUGAACUGCCCGACUACAUCGCCACGAAGCAUACCGCACUCAGGGCUACCAACUCACACUACCUCGCCAGGAUCAACCAGCUCAAACAACGCAUGCGCCACGUGGGUAAAUAAACAGUUGUAGAGGGGACGCAAACACUUGAUUUCCUUCUGCUUAUUGAUAAUUUUGUUUUGAGUGGCGUCUUCUGUGGUGCCGGAGGAAUCUGUUAUGCUAAGUAUCCGGUUAUCGUGCGUUGGUGUUGGUAGCGCCCAAAGGAGUAAACAUACGUAUUCAAAACAUGUGCAGUUAGGAUUCUGAGCACAUGGGCUGUUCCCGUAGACUUGUUGUAAUAUAGAGUAUGAAAGGAUUAGAUACUUUUAAGAUAUUAAGUCAUGUGUGACGAAAUUAUAUUAUAUAAAUGAAGACCAAAAUGAUAUCAAACAAAUCAAGAGCUCAUUUAAAAAUUUUCCCUCUAUCAAACUUCAGGAUCGCUGUAAAGAAACAAAUUUUGUAACACAUUAGGUUCUAGAUCUAAUCAUCAUUUACCUAAAACUAAUGUAUAUUACUUAAGAUGUAAAAGUAAAACAGGCGUAAAAAAUACAACGGUUGUAAAAACAAUCAAUCUCGUGAAUCCCUUCUGUCAAUUUCUUGGUAUUUUCCCUUGUGCUAAAAAUAAGUAUGAAUUCACGGAACGCUGAUGCAACUUGCCACACGCAGAUACAUGCUAUCACGUAUUUUCCCAAACACUUUUGUACAGAAUUACUUUUUCUUUCAUUCUUUCUGUUCCAGUGAAGAUUUUCCCCAGCAAUGGAUGUGGUGAAAACUCGUACGAAUUAGGCCAUCCGGUAUAGCUGGGGCUGGCACACCUCUUGGCCUAUUUUCGUUUAGAGUUUCAAUGUUUGUUUUAGCUUUUCUUUUGAGAUGUAUAAAUCGUGAAAAUAAUUUGUAUGCAUUAUGAUUUUUUUUUUCUUGAGAAAAGUACUUCGAAGUAUACUCCUUUUGUAAGGUUAAGAAAUCAGAUAAAUAAUUCGUACAGAUUUCCUCCUUUCGUUCACUGAAAAGAGGAGUUUUUACAGUCGAGGCAGAUUUGUAUCAUUCCCGUCUGAAGAUAAGAACGAGAAUGGAGAGGAAACGUUGACGGUGUUCUCUGCAAUAAAGAGUUGAAACUA